CUUGAUCAAAAAUCUUGAAACGCACAAAAUAUGGGAUUAACAAUCGUUAUAGGGGAUACCCCCUGAGUACACUUUCAAUUAUCUACAAAAUGGCGGCCGCGAUGAGGGUAACUUGUUGUUUUCGGCGGUUGAUUGUCAGAACAAAUCCAUUUGGACCAGAACAUUCACUUUUGACCAGAAUUAAGAACAAAAGAAACUUGAGCUCAAGCGUAAAUCACCUUUCAAGUGGAAGUUAUUUUCCCGUGCGGAGUGACUGUAUGCUGCCUGAAAAUUGCUUUGAAGGCAAGGUCGCUUUUGUCACUGGCGGAGGGACAGGUCUGGGAAAAGGAAUGGUCAAAAUGUUGUCUGAACGAGGUGCCACUGUCGUCAUAUCCAGCAGAAAGCUUGAAGUUCUUGAAAAGACAGCUGAAGAAAUCUCCAGAGACACUGGAAACAAAGUUUUCCCUGUAGCCACAGAUGUUCGAGAUCCGAGUCAAGUGGCAGCCGCUGUGGACUUCUGCGAGAAAGAGUGUGGCCUCCCUGAUAUAAUCAUCAAUAAUGCAGCAGGGAAUUUUGUGUCUCCAACGGAGAGAUUGUCUCCAAAUGCAUGGAAAACAGUGAUUGAUAUUGUUCUGAAUGGCACAGCAUUCAUAACUCUGGACAUUGGCAAGAGAUUAAUAAAAGCACAGAAAGGUGCAAAUUUCUUGGCCAUCACCACCAUCUAUGCCAAGUCUGGUUCAGGUUUUGUCGUACCAUCAGCUGUUGCCAAGGCCGGUGUAGAGACCAUGACCAGAUCACUUGCAGCGGAGUGGGGUAGAUAUGGGAUGAGGUUUAAUGCCAUAGCUCCAGGACCCAUUGAGACCAAGGGUGCUUUCAGCCGAUUAGAUCCCCAAGGAAGUUUCAAGUCAGUAGCUAUUGAACGCAUCCCAGCUGGCAGACUUGGCGAGAUCCCAGAGUUAGCAAACCUUGCAGCUUACCUUGUCAGUGAUUACUCCAGCUGGAUGACAGGAGAAGUUAUUGCAUUUGAUGGAGGAGAGUAUGUCUCUAUGGCUGGUGAAUUCAAUGAGUUCAGAAAGAUUCCAAAUGAACAGUGGGACCAGCUGGAAGCAAUGAUCAGGAAAACAAAGGGCUCUUAAACAUUAUGUUUACAGUACCUCAUGAGAUUUAUCAAGGCCUGGAGGGCAUUGCUCUAAGUCAGACUAAGAAAUCAAUUCUAUGAACAGUCAAUUUAUUGUGGAACUGUCAUCACAACUAAGUUAAAAUAAGGACACAAAUUAAAAUAGAAGUUGCCCCCAAAAAUCGUUCAGUGCAACUUCUGUUUUUGUACUCUUCUUAGUGUAAGACAGUUUAUGGACUGCUAUAUUUUACCUUGCAUCACUGUGGUUUUCAAAGAAUAAAAUUUAUUAUAUUA